UUGAUGCUGGUCAUAUUAACACAAUAGUAAUGGCUGGAAACGGAAGGAAUCAAGGAAUGCAGCCAUCUGUAUUCGAAUUGCUUGCUCGUGAUAGUUUAUCUGGUUUAAUCCAACCAGCAGUUCGACACGCAGUUAAGUGUUUGUAUGAAACCAAUCCUUUACGAUACAGAGUGUUAUGGGAGUGGUAUGACGAGGUAUAUGCAGCUAUAAAUUUAUUUGUGGAAAAUGUUUACUUGAAAAAAUAUGGUGGAUCGUUGGCAGAAAACUUUUAUGGAAUGAAACGAGUAAUUAAUGGUUCCUGUCAGUCUGCCUCAACAGGAUUACCAAAACUACGUUCCUUAUUUAUGUUGGUGGUUUGGCCUUAUAUCCUUAAAAAAAUUGAAAAAUUUCAUUCUUUUCUAUCAACAUGCUCUGCCGCUAGUUUUUCCCAAAGAAUCCUAUUAUUGAGAAUUAUUGUGAACUGUUAUCCAUGGAUUAAAGCGCUGUUUUCUACAUGGACUUUCAUUCUUAAGAUUGCUUACAUCCUCUCGUGGUGUAAUAUACAUUCACCUGAAUUACAUUUUUCAAAUGUGCAUUUGGUAAAAUUGACUCCAGCUGACUUUAAGACUUUUAAUGAACAAAACAGUAGUAUGCAUAUAUUCAAGAUGUUUUCACUUCUAGAUUUCAGAAGAUCGUGGCAGACACUUGCAGUUUUUAUCAGCAUUAUCACUCGUUGCAUAACUUUUGGUCUCUAUUUAAUCCAGUUUUUGGAUUUUUAUCACAACAGUGAUUUUGGACAAAAUUUACGUUUGAAUUUAAAGAAAAAAGACUUUAAACAUAUACCGGCGCCACAUUACAGAAUAUUAGAAAGUUCUGUGCUGCGAUUGGAGACAAACAAGUGUCCUCUAUGUUUACAACAUCGAACGAAUGAUACGGCACUGAGUGUCUCCGGUUAUGUUUUUUGUUAUGGCUGCAUCUAUACAUAUGUGAGCGAGGAAAAGAAAUGUCCAGUUACUGGUUUACCAGCAAGAGUAGAUGAUUUGAUCAAAAUUUUCGUCCGAACGACCUAGUA